AUGGAACCCACCGGUAACUCCUCCGACUCCAGUGACCGCAAGACCGGCAAGAAGAUCGUCGCCUCCUCUGCUACUGUGAAACCAAAUGGGAAGUCCAUCGCUUCCUCCGCGAUUGCGACGACUGAUGUUUCAUCUCCUGUUCCGGUGAAACCAAACGUUGCUACCGAUCUCUCCUCCGUGCAUGCAGACCAAGUCAUGUUAUUCCGAGAUGUCUCAUUCGGCCCACGCGAAGCGGAAUUGAGAUAUCACGGGUCCAGAAGCAAAGUUCAAUAUCGAGUUGCUGAUCAUAUCGCCACCGUCUCAUUCACCUGGAAUUCUGAUUUAGCGGUUCUUGAUAACCCUCCGGUCCCAUUUCCAGAGGAUAGGUUCAGGUUCCACGGCUAUGAGGAGUUUAGGGCCAACUGCGACUCUAAGGGUGACCUUUAUGAUUAUGUUGGCCAUAUGAAGCUGGUGAAUGGGCAGACUAUCUCUGACCAUAUUGUUCUUGACGAGGUUGACAUCUCAGAGAAGCGGCAUAUAUGUGUUCAUGUUCAGACACAUGAUGGACCAGUGAUGAAGCUCUACAUAUGGGACAAGGCUGCAUCCGACUUCUGCCAGAAAUUCAAAUCUUAUGGAGGCACCCCAAGCGUUCUGUUAGUCACCACUGUGAACCCCAAACACCUUGGAGGAACACUCGCUCUCACUACAAUGUCAUCAUCUCGAGUGUUCAUGGAUGCUGAUGUCCAGCCUAGCAAAGAUUAUCUUGAAUGGUUGAGCUCUAACUCGGACAUUGCUAAUAGGGUUGCUGCUGAGGUCGUUACCAAGCCUGAGACAGUGACUCUAGGGGAGAUAUUCUCUUACAUCAAGCAGGAAGGUUCUAAGGUUGCUUGGUUUGAAUGCACAGCAACUAUCGAUGAUGUUGUCCAGGGUUCUGCCUGGUAUUACGUUUCUUGCGGAGGAUGUAAUAGUAAGGCAGUAAAAGGGCCUACCUCUCUGAUUUGUAACAGCAAGAAAUGUGGGAAAAGGGAAGUUACAGGCGUUCCUCAGUACCUCACAAAGAUCUCUGUUUAUGAUGAGAGUGAGCAAGCAGUUUUUGUUGUACUUGGUGAUGCUGGCAAAGAGUUGACCGGGAAGCAUGCGUCAGAAUUAGUUGCCAGUUACUUUGAGUCCAAUGCUGGUGUGGAUGCUGACCAUUGUGUGCCGGUGCCGCAAGCUCUACUUGAUGCAAUAGGGCAGAAGCGCAGAUUCAUUGUGAAGGUUUCCGACCAUAACUUGACAGGCAAGACUCAAACCCUGACUGUCACCAAGAUACUCCCGCCAGAAGCUCCACAGCCCAUAGAACACUUGGAAGAAAAGGCUAAUCCUUCAAAAGGCUUCGAAGAUGCUGCGGGUGAUAUGGUUAGGAAAGCAUCUGAGCGUCUUGAGUCAGGAGAAGCCAAGCGCCCCAAGAGUGGCUAA